CCACCUCAGAGAUGCUUUGGCCUCGUUCGCGGGGUCUCUGAGUCCUGAAGGUGCUUUCGAACCUCGUAUUACCGUGCUGCCAGUCAUGCAGCAUCCUUGUGAUACGGGUCCAGGACAUCUCUAAUGACCAUGUGCUACUGACGACCUUUACGAAGCAGAAUAUCCUAACGCCUUCAUGCGUUAAGCAUGCACUACCCCUAAGUCACCUUUACGAAGUCAACGAUACCCGCACCCGAAAGGCAACAGACCAUGAAUUCCUCACGAUACCCUUCAAAUAUACCGCUUGAUCACACAGAGAUUGCCCUCUCCGAUAUCGAAGAUGACUCUCCCGUGGUACGAGCUGCUAUCACGAACCUCCAGAAGCGCACAAACCAGCUACAGAAGCUCAGCAAGGCAGUUCUACACUCUGUGACAGGGGUCAAAGAAGCUCUGGACAGCCUGAACUUCAAGGAAGCAUGCUUAGAUGCCUCGCUUGCCGAUUUAGCUACUCUUCUCCCCGCCUUUGGGGAGACCGCUUUACCUCCCCUGCUGGCCCGCAGACGCGCCCUCGCAGGUUCGCGUAAGCAAGAGAAAGCAGAACUGAGCAGGAACCUCGAAAGACCACUGAAGACGAUCUCAGAUCAGUGCAAGCUCGUGCUCUCAAAACAGAUGCGAUACGAGCUUCAAAGCAAGAGUUACUACUCUGCUACGCACAGAUGGCUCGGCGAAGGAGCCAUUUCAAGUGCAGCGUUGUCUUCGGGCUCCUCUCCAUCUCGCGAUGCCAGUAGGAUAGACUCGUCCUCACAAAGCCAACUGAACUUCUCUGUCAGUCAUCCCGAGGAGCAGCGCGUUCGAGAACUCCGCUUCUUGCUCACGCGCUUGGACCUGUACGAUCAGUUGUUGCAACUUCAUGGAGGCGAAGCAGAGCUGUCGUUGGUUCUGCCUGCAGCGAACAAUGGCAAUGCAUAUUCAGAAUCGAUUGCAGAGUCCAUGAAUGGUCUGUUUGCUGCAGAAAAGGACAAGGUGGAGAACCGCAAGUCAGCCUGUCGACAUCGGAUCGCCAAUGUCAAGGACGAAUUGCGCCUGAGUGAUGCUGUGAUACAGGAUCUUGCUCCAGGUGGGAAAGAAUUUGACGAUCUGUUAGCGUCUAGCAAACAAGCGCAGCCCAAGUCGCCGCCGGCGGCGGCAAAGUUUCUUAGCGCGCUACCAGCAAUACCACGUCGACAUUCAGCACGGCCCGCACCAGGUAGUCAAGAGCAGGCAAGGGGACAAGUGCGAUCGACGCCACCUUCUCCUUCCUCUCCUGGCUUUAUGAAGCCCUUGUCAAAUGCUUUGCAGCGAUUUAAAUCCGGUCACACGGCUUCUAGUAGCAGUCUGGAAAAUGGCGACGGUUUGCUCGACAACGCAUCAUCAACGAGUGCAGAAAGAGCAUCGAUCACAAGCAGGCGACUUUCUUUCAACCGCUUGCCCUCGGACUCGAGAAGUUAUUGGCCUCCCAGGCGAUCCGUUAGUCUCAAGAGAGGAAGCGAUAUGAUCCCGGGGACAUCCAGCAGCAGUGAUGCCUACGUAGCAUUAAUGCCGCGAGAAGGUGCUUCUACCCCGACAUCGCCUUCGCUUGUGAGGAACCAACCCUUCCAGUCUCCCACUACUGGAAGCGUGGAAGACCAUUUUCACUGGCGUAGGACUUCCUUCCAAGGCUUCGCCUCCAAAACACCAUCCCCGAGGCCACAUGCCAACGCGCUGUCACUAUCAGCUACGCACGAUGCAGCUUGGUCUCAUAUGCCUAGUCUAACGUCUCCAUCCCCGCCGUCUCGACCGCCACCUUCGCCUUCUGCCGAUAUGAGCAGAUCGGUUUCCUCACCUGCACGGAAGAAGGAAGGUACUCUAUGGGUGAUGGGCAAGCAAGUCACCUCCGAUUUUAGCUCGGAAGCGCCUCGAUCGGCGAAGAAGUCUUCCUUGUGGAGUGAAGCCUGGGUGGUCCUCUCUGGCUCGGGUCAUCUGUCCGAACACACGGGCUGGCGGGGGAAAAAGACCAUUAUGACUCCUACGCAGCCAAUGAUCGACUUACAAUUCGCCACAGUACGGGAGACUCGAGCUGUAGAACGGAAGUUUGUCUUUGAGGUGGUGACACGACACGGACGGCGACUGUAUCAAGCUUCGACAGAGAGUGGGAUGCAAGAGUGGAUCAAGGCCAUCUCCAAUGCGAUUGAAAGCUUGUGCAAUGGAACCAGCAGUAUCCGACAGGUGGACAAGGUCGCACGAACGGAAGGUCUUGCACUAGCCGCAACAGAGGCAUCCUUCAAGGGACUGAUUGGGAGUCCGCGAUGGUCUGAGAACCUGAGCGAACUGGGCAUAAUCAGUCCGAGCAAGCUUUUUGGUAACGGCAAAGAGCAGAGAAGAUUGCGUAGCUCGGCAGCCUUCGACGAUGGCGCAACCUCGACAGGCAGCGACAUUGAAGUCAUGGCAGAGACCUCAUCCUCCGGAAUCUCAAACAAGACGCCUCUCUCACAAUAUGUGCCGAGCUCCAGGCGCGAAUCCGGUGUACGUUCAAAGCUGAAGCAUAGUACGAACGACGAUGCAGCAAUUGACCUACGUAUCGAGGCUGCAGUACACUCAAGCUUUGGAUCUGGCAGCAAAUAUAGCGGUGGCCCACAGUCUGCUCCAUGCUCGUCUUCGAAGAGGUUUUCCCUAGAUGUUCCAACAUCAGACUGGCAUCGGCAGACAAGUUCUGCUUCUCAUGCGCGUACACAAUCCGCGGUGUCAGAGUAUAAUGAUGGCAGCCGGCCACCCUCAGUGCGACGCGCCUUGGCACAAGAGAUCGAUUGUCUUUCGCGCUUACCAGUCAACUCACUGUGUGCAGACUGCCGGAAGCCCAACCCGCGGUGGGCAUCGUGGUCCUUGUGCGAGUCCACAUGCUGUGUCUUUGUCUGCAUUACUUGUGCAGGCAUGCAUCGCUCGCUGGGCGUGCACCUCUCCAAGGUCAAGAGCGUCGACCUGGACGACUGGACGGAGGAACAAGUGGACAAUGCCAGGCAGUGGAACAAUGUGAAAGCCAACGCUAUCUGGGAAGAGCUGAGGAAGAUCGGGUCGAGCUCCGAGCUUCGCAAUGCCACAUCGGUACAGGCUCCGAGAAAGGGCGAAAAGGACUUGUGGAAUGUGAAAUACGUACAACAGGCUUGGAGGACAGAACCCUUUGGGCCCUUGGACCCUAGCCGAGGGUAAAGUCGGAUUCACAGACGAUGGAUCGUCGCUCCAAUCAAUCGCUUGAAUUGCUCUAAUCUGCUCAGAAUGUCGCUGUAAUGGAUACCCUUACCUUCACCCUCGCGUGGCAUCCGAGCUUCGACGAACGAAGGAACGAGUCGGCUGAUUGUACCGACCUGGAAUUUGUCCUGCAGCAGUCGUGGUCUUGGCGCGCGGGGGACCAAGCCACCCCUACGCGCCGCCCAGGUGAUGGUCCACACGCCGCCUCUGCUGCUGCCAGAAGACUAUGCCUGGUGCUGCACACGCUUCACCUUUACC